CACCUCGACUAGUUUCACCUGUUUCUAUGAUGGGUGACUCAUUCAUCAUAGCGAUAGACUUUGGCACCACAUACAGUGGAUAUUCCUUCAGUUUGACAUCCACAGGGGAAGAAACUGAUCCACGUUUAAAGUUCUGGGGUAAAGAAAUUGGAAAAGAGACCCCAAAGACUCCAACCUGCAUCCUUUUUGAUGAACAUGGAGAAUUUAUGAAGUUUGGAUAUGAAGCUAAAAUGGCUUAUGUUGAAAUGCGUGGUGAGAACGCAAGGAAACACUUAUACUUUGAAUGCUUCAAGAUGUCCCUCUAUGGCACAAAACUCAACAGAGAUGUGACGAUUAAAGCUGCAAAUGGAAAGUCAAUGAAGGCCUUGAAGGUUUUCACUGAAGCUUUACGAUACCUUAAGGAAGACGCCUUGGAAACCAUCGCAGCAAACACAGAGGGGAGGAGGUUUAUUGCCUCUGACUUCACCUGGGUGCUGACUGUACCUGCGAUCUGGGAUCCUUCAGCCAAACAGUUCAUGAGAGAAGCUGCAACUCAGGCUGGUAUUGUAACCAAGGGAAAGGAAGACAAGUUGGUCAUUGCACUGGAACCAGAGGCAGCUUCAGUCUGGUGUAAGAAGCUCCCAGCUGAAGGUUUUAUAACAGAAAACCGGGGAGGAGACUCACUAGACCGAUCUCCAGGAACACAAUACAUUAUUGUCGACUGUGGAGGUGGAACUAUUGACAUAACUGUCCAUGAGGUGCUGGAUGGAGGAGCCCUGAAGGAGCUGCACAAGGCCUCUGGAAAUGAUCUGGGUGGACAAACUGUGGACAAGAAAUUCAAAGAGUUCCUCAGAGAAAUCUUCUGUGAUGGUCUCUGGGAUGAAUAUGAAAGUAACUAUCCCAGUGAGGUUCAGAGAAUGAUGUAUGAUUUCAUGGUUCUGAAGCAGGUAAAUGAAGAUGUUCAGAUCACCUGCCCAUUUAACCUUGGAAAAGUAGCUCAGAAAAAGAAGGAUAUAGAAGAGUUUUUUGAAACAGUGGAAGGUGCAUCCUGGAACGACGGGUCAAUCAAAAUCACAAAAGAUAAAAUGAGGUCUUUCUUUGAUGAGUCUCUGAACAGCAUCACCAAGAGUAUCAGAGAUAUCUUGAGCAAAGACUUCAGAAUUGAGUUCAUCCUGUUAGUGGGGGGGUACGCUCAAAGCAAAAUUCUGCGUAAACACAUUAAGAAUCAGUUUGGUCGUCAGUGUAAAGUGCUGUGUCCUUACAGGGCCCAAGAAGCAAUUGUGAAAGGAGCUGUGAUGUUUGGAAGAAACCCAGAAGUGGUGGCAUCUCGAAAAAGUGCCUUUACUUACGGGAUCGCUAUCAGAGAGAGGUUUGAUGAGUCCAGGCAUAAGGCAGGAAAGAAAUUCACAAUUACAAAUGUAGAAUGGUGUAAUGAUAUUUUUAGGAAACUAGUGGAGAUUGAUGAGGAUGUUGGUUGGAAUGAAUCCAGAGAGUACAUUUUUGGUCCAAUAGAGGCAGAUCUGACAGGCGUGACCUUUAAAUUUUUUCAAACAGAGAGAAAUAACCCACCCUAUGUGGAUGACUGGGGAGUGGAAGAAAUUGGCUCAUUCAUCCUUGACAUGCCCGAAACUAAAAGUGGCAUGAAUCGCGAAGUCAAAGUGGAAAUCAGGUUUGGCUCCACAGAAAUGACAGCGACUGCCACUGACAUAGAUUCAAUGGCAGCAGCAUCAAUCACACUUGACUUCAUGAUUAAAUCUUGACAACGUUACAGAAAAUAUCAAAACUGUGGCUGUUUUGUCAACCCAAUCUCAAGUCGGUUUAUGAAAUAGUCAAAAAAUGUAACGCAUUGAUUCAUGUAGGUGGACACAAAUGUUGACACUGACACACUGAGAACAACUUUCGAACUAUUUCGACUAGAAUUUUUUUUUUUUUUUGAUAAAGUGCUACAUUUGGAAGUUUGCAAGAAUGUGGUUAGAAUAAAUGAAGGAUGUACAAAGUGCACAACUGUGAAACUAGGUUCAGACAGAGUCCAUCUGUGGUUCAGGUAAAGAUUUAAGUUUAAGGGUUUAAUUUCCAUGUAAAUAAACUGGUUGUGUCUGAACUUUAUCUAAGUUAAACCAGACCAGGCUCUUUACCUGAACCAGAACCAGGAGCUGUGAGAGUCAGAACCACAAAACUAGUUUAUAAAGCUGGACUCACUGCCAGUGGAGAUUUUACUGUCAGGAAACACAACGGACUCUCCGUCUGUUUACAUGAAUCAACAGAUUAAUUUUCAUGAUUAUUUCAUGAAUUGCUGUGACACUGGUUUGGUUUCCUUACAGUGGAUCCAUCAGGAAUCAUUAACAGCUGUUUAAUCGAACAGUCUUAGAUUCACUGGAACUGACUAAAAUGUAAAAGUCAUGAUGAUCACCUGUCUUCAGGUGCAAUGACAAAUUGUACUUUAAUAUUGUUUAAUAUUUAAUAUUAUUUUUUAUUUUUGUAACUUUUUAUUUUUUUAGACACUUCAAUCAUUGGCAUCAACAUGUAAUUUGUUUGUACAUACAGUUAAAGUAUUUUAAAACAAACACCCUGAUAUUAAAGUGUUUUCAGACACUUGUUAGGUCACAAUGUAGAAGUGUUGACGUCCAUGUUGUUCAGACAUUGAAUUAGUGUAAUACUAUAACACAAAGGCCUUUUGGAGCUGUGCUUUCUAUUCAUAGUGUAGAAGAUCUUUCCUCUGACAGCAGGUGCUGUAAAUCCUAAGCAUUUUCAUUCACAGAUAAGAAUCCUGUUUGUAACAGUGCUACUGAUCAUCUUUAUCUGAUGUUGGGCAAUUACAUUGUGGACCUGUAGAAAAAGCUAACAGAACAGACUAAAUGUGGGUUAUAGAUAUAUUUUUAAGGCUUUUGUUUUUACAUUAAACGUGAGAGAUACGUGAUAUAAAAAUGUAAGACUAGUCAUGUCAGAAAUAUUUACAAGAGAGCUUUAAAGCUGUUUUUUUUUUUCCAAAGACAGGUUGAUGUUGAGACAAUAUUACCUGAGCAAAGUGCUUUAUGACAGAGAUGAACUACUGUCAGAAAGAUCUGUUGAUCUGCUGAUCCCUGUCCAGUUUUUCAUUAUUAUUACCAGUACUUUUAAUGUUACAGUUUUGCUCUGUCCAACUGAUAUUCAAUAAAAAUCCUUCCUAAGUAGAAGAUGUAAGUUUGAUCAUAUAACUUAAUAAUAAUAAUAAUGAGGAUAAUAAUACAUUUUAUUUAU